AUGGUGGCUCUGCGGGCCCUGGACGCCGCCGGCCGACACGGAGGCGCGGGGGGGAGGGGCGGGGGUAUCGCUGUGGGGGAGGAGUCUCGGGGCUCCCCCUCCCCAAAGCACACCCCCGCCGCCUCGGCGAGGGGGGAGGGGAAGGCUGCGAAAACAAACGUCCAACGGCCCCAACCGCCCGGCUGGGCUCGGUGUGGCGGUCACGGCCGGGGCCGCAAGGAACCCGGAGCCGCUGCCGCCACCGCUCCAGGCAUCGCGCUGACAGGGCAACCGCCUGGAUCACGCAGCCCCGAGGGCCGCUCGCAGCCUUCUCCUCAGCCCUCGCGGGGCUGCACGCACGGGAGAACCCGGCAGCUGCAGGGAGGGCCGGGACCCCUGCUUCUGGGGACCAGGGUAGAGAGAAAGGGCCUCGAGGUGCUGGCGCUCCUCGGAGUCCGCGCCACCGCAAACGCCGCCGCCGCCGCCGCUUCUACCCACUCCUCACUCGGAAUGGCAACUAAUUCGCCCCAGCCGCACCCCGCCCCCGGCACCACCUCCCAGCGCCCAGGACCCGGCAGCUGCCGCAGCGAGCACUUCCAUUGGCUUAGGCGCUCCCCACCAGAACUCGAGUGAUUGGUUCUGGAAUAGGAGUGAGAGAAGCAGUGUCCAAUGACAAUGGUGCCUCCUACUUUGAAGGCGGGGAGUGAGGGGUGGCAGCGUGAGGUGGGGGCUGUGCGCGCAGGGAGGAGCGUAAAAGUUGACAGCCUUGAGCAUGUGACACCUUCUGCCAUGAGAUGAUGCCACAAGAAGAACCUCACCAACUGCCGGCACCUUGAUACUGGACUUCACAGCUUCCAGAAUUGUGAGCCAAAAAUUUAGAAGAAAAUGGAUUUCUCAGGCAACUGAAAGAACAUAUUUGGAUCUGUUAAGACUAAAGGAGACUUCAAGAGAACUGGACUUUGUGUUGGACAGACUGUCUGUGACAGGGAAAAAAGCCCUUCUGAAUGAUUAGGGACGAAUCAGUUAACUUGAGUUUCACAUUCUUCAUCUGUAAAAUCUGGUGAUUAGAUUGGCCCAGCAAAAGAUAUAAUACACAUAAAUUGGAAUGAAUCUGCAUUUUCCAAGCCUGAUGAAUUUAUUAAAACUGAAUUAAGUCACUAACUGGCAGCCUGAAGAUGAAAGGAAAGAACUCAGUCAUGCUUCUUAGGGUAAAAGGGCAGUCUAACUGAGAAUUUUGUUAUCUCUGAAGACAAAUUACAAGGAGAUAAAGAUACUCAAGAUCACAUGGAAGGCUUCUGCUCCCACUAAGAGACUGCAAUGUAAGGUAUGGAAACAGAAUAUUCUCUAUAGAAACAUACAUGUUAAAAUAUGAACAUUUUUGUUCUUAUUUCAAUCCAAAAAUAAAUAAAUGAAUUAAAUGUCAAAGAUA